UAUAAUAUUUGUACGUACAUGUGUCUUAUUUUUUCAAAAGAAAUACUGAAUAACACAGAUCUUUCGUCAGUUCCCUGCCAUUAUAACUUACGAAUAAUAUGUUCGGAAAAUUUGAUUUAAGAUUUUUGAUAUUUGAGUAGAUACAUUGUAGAUAUGUCGGAUUUCGAUAUUUCGGUAUUUAACAGCUGUAUCUUAGUUUAAUUAAGAAGGUUAUUGAUCAUAAUAGCAAAGAGGAAGUCAAAAGAAAUAUGGAUUUUGGGUAGUUUUUAUGAGCAGAAAAGAACAGUCCAAACAAUUAUUUCAAGAAUGGAAGAUAAGGUGGUAAAUGACAAACUGUAUAAAGUACUUCUUGAUGUUGUUGGUACAGAAGAAGACAUUCGUUCGAGACAAGAAAUAUUUAAAUAUAUGGGCAUGAUUAAUAGUUUCGGUGAUAGAGAUUCUAUUUCAAUAUCUGGAGGAAGUCUUUCAGAAGGUUUUGACUUGAAAGGUAGUGACGAAGAUAUUAUGCUUGUCCUCAAGAAUGUAGACGUACUUCCCAUAGACGAGAAAGUGACACUCGAUAAAAAUACUCUCAGAGUAAACAUGCAAGAAGAUGAACAGCGACCCGGAUAUGCAAGCCUGUUUCUGUCUGAGGUUCAAGAAAGCUUUGUUAAUAACGAAGAAAAUACAAAAAGGACGGAAAUACUUAAUAUAAAACGAUCUCUUCAGAAGUCGGGUGGGAAAUGUAUUGUAGCAAGCGCUAGAUUUAGGGGCCAGUUCAUAAGACCUGGUAACACAAGCCAUGGUCCAUGUAUUAGCGACGGAGUACAUGAUUUCGCCAUAAGUUUACACGGAUCCUUCUGGCCGCGGAUUGCAAAACAGAGAGUUACCACAUGUACUAGUAAACGAUGGCUUUCCGACAAAUUAGUGAACGAACUCCUUUCAGCUGGUUGCAUAUAUGUACCUGUUGGACCAAGACAUUAUUAUUCCGGAACAUUAUGGAGAAUGUCGUUUGCCAAAGCCGAAAAGCGCCUAAUUUUGUCAAUGCGACACAUCCAUUGGCUGUGUUAUGGUCUAUUGAAGGUAGUGUUUAAAGAGGGUCUUGGUAAAACGCUUACGGACGAGGAUAUCAUAUGUUCUUAUUAUCUAAAGACAUGCCUUUUCUGGUUGAUUGAAGAAACAGAUAACGAUGAGAAGGUCUGGAACAAGGACAAUCUAUUUACUUGCUACAUGAUGUGUCUUGACCAGCUAAUCAAAUGGGUAGAGACGUGUAACUGUCCUAACUAUGUGAUACCUGAUAACAAUAUGUUCAAAGGAAAGGUACACGAAAAUAACAAGCCGGACAUUUUGAAAACUCUCGUUCAAUUGAAAUGCUCUGGAUAUGAAGGAUUAUACCUUUGCGAAUCUUUACGCCCAUACAUGGAAACAACAACACCAAUGACAGCAGCAGAACGUGAAGCUAAACUAGAUUUUCUGUGUUUCAGAGUAUUACACGUUUAUCCGUUCGACGACAUGGAGCUAUUGAUAUCUGCACUGGAAAGAAUGGAAAAGGAAUAUGACAAGCAAGUACAACCUUUUGCAAAAGGAGUAAUCGGCUGCCUGGUAUCUUCUCUUCGUCAAGAGCUAGCGCAGAUGAUACAUGUAGCUGGAGAUGGUGAACAGUGUAAAGAAUUACGACGGCUGCAAAAAGAACAUUUACGGAAAGGGUGCAGGUCAGACCGACUGUGUGGUCUUAUUCUACUAGCAUCUUUUCAUUGUACAACUAGAAACUACUACACGGCACUUGAAAUACUGAAUACUGUCAGCCCCAAAAUAACGCCUGAUGCCGGUCUGAUGCUUCGCCGAAAUCCGUUUUACACGGAAGAAGAGAUACGUAUUUACACUGAAAAGUUCUGUGGCCGAGGUUUGAGUUUAGAAAACAAAUUCAAUGAUGCGUUAGUGAGGAAAUUGGUACUUCUUGACAAUUCUUCAAUUGUUCCUGAGGAAUUUCAGCCAGAAGUGUUCAACUAUCGUCCUCUGAAUAUGAUUUCCCCUACAGUGUAUGCAUAUUCUUUGAAGUUUGUAUGCUAUCACCAUUCUAAUGACGAACAGAAAGCACUGGAAACACUGGCAAUUCUAGAUCACAUUAUUGAAACACGGUUCCUCAUCACAUCAGUCGGGGCCGUUUACUCCACUGAUUGUACAGUUGUCGGUGCAUGUUAUGAGGCGCAAGGAAAUUACGAUACCGCUAGAAAGUAUUACACAACAGCUUUAAACUGUGAUCAAGUUUGUAGAAGUACGAAAUACCGCCUGCAGCGUCUUGAAAAACGACUUGCCAGCCCUCCUAAACACGAAUGUUACCAUGAUAUUUAGUCUUAAAAAAUGACUUGCCAGCCCUCCUAAACGCGAACAUUACAAUGGUGACAGGCCAGUCCUUCUGAACUCGAACAUUACAAUGAUGCUUAGUCUUGAAAAACGACUCGUCAUCUCUACUGCAGAGACUACUUAGUUUAAAAUUAAAUGUACAUUAACUCACAUAAAAUAAAGAAAGGCAAUACACCAAGCUUGUUUAAAGUGAAGAAGUGUUUGGCUGAAAAGGUUGCAAAGUCUUUCAUUAGGGUUACAUAAUUGCGUAGCUAUUUUCAUUUGGUUUGAGCUAAGCGACGAAACAGAUACUAAUUCCUACUGAAAUUCUGUAUAAUUAAUAAUAAAUAAUUUAUUAUUAUA